UUGCAAAAGAGUAAACCACAGUCCGGUGAAAGCUCACAUGCAACAGGGCUGCUUACUGCUGUGCAAACAUUUUAGAUCCUCUUUUUGUCUGAUUUUUACUCAAAAGUUUUCUGCAAUUUCUAAAGAGGCAAAAAAGAUGAAUUAUCUAGUGCUGGAAAACUAUAUUGGUGGGAAGUUUGUACCAUGCUCCAAACUUAUAGAUUCUUACGACCCGUCGACUGGAGAGGUUUAUUGCAAAGUUCCAGAAAGUGGACCAGAAGAGGUGGACGCUGCAGUGAGGGCAGCCAAAGAGGCCUUUCCUGAUUGGUCAACUAAGAGCCCAGCUGAGAGAUCUCAAGUGCUGAUUAAACUGGCAGACCUGAUAGAGGCUCAUCUGGAGGAAUUUGCCCAGGCAGAGUCUAAAGACCAGGGGAAGACUAUAACUUUCGCCCGAACUGUUGACAUUCCACGAGCAGCAUACAACUUCCGUUACUUUGCUUCAUCUAUCCUGCAUCAUACAAAUGACUGCAGUCAGAUGGAUCACAUGGACUGUCUCAACUACACAUUACGCAGUCCUGUGGGAGUGGCUGGUCUUAUAAGCCCAUGGAACCUGCCGCUGUACCUCCUGACCUGGAAGAUUGCCCCUGCUGUAGCUACAGGCAACACUGUAGUGGCCAAGCCCAGUGAAAUGACUUCAGUCACUGCCUGGAUGAUGUGUCAGCUAUUGGAUGAAGCUGGUUUUCCACCGGGUGUGGUUAACAUUGUAUUUGGUACGGGCCCGCAUGCAGGGGAUGCGUUGGUGUCCCACCCUGAUGUGCCAUUGAUCUCAUUUACGGGGAGCACAGAUACAGCGAGACUGAUAACUGAACGUAGUGCGCCGUUCUGUAAGAAGCUUUCUUUGGAGCUUGGUGGGAAAAACCCUGCUAUUAUAUUUGCUGAUGCUGACAUGGAGCAAUGCAUCAGCACUACUGUACGAUCAAGCUUCUCUAAUCAGGGAGAGAUUUGUCUGUGUACCAGCAGAAUCUUUGUUGAACGGAGCAUUUACCCAGAAUUCCUCACUCGUUUUGUGGAGGCGACUCGUCAGUGGAAAACUGGAGUGCCCUCUGACCCCUCCAACAACAACGGAGCGCUUAUCAGCAAAGAGCACCUACAGAAGGUUAAUGGUUAUGUGGCUUUGGCGCUGGCAGAGGGUGCCAAGGUGUAUUGCGGGGAGGGUGUGGACAAACUUACCCUUCCACAGCGGAAUGCAGGCGGCUAUUUCAUGUUGCCCACCAUCAUUUCUGAGGUUACCGACUCUUCCGCAUUGAUGCAGGAAGAGAUAUUUGGUCCCGUAACCUGUGUGACACCCUUCGAUGAAGAGGAGGAAGUGAUAUCACGAGCCAACGGUGUACGCUAUGGUUUAGCCGCCACGGUAUGGUCCCGAGAUGUGGGACGUGUGCACAGGGUUGCUAGGAAACUGCAGGCUGGGUUGGUGUGGGCCAACUGCUGGCUGGUCAGAGAUUUAAAUCUUCCGUUUGGCGGCAUGAAACACUCUGGGAUUGGCAGAGAGGGGGGCAAAGACUCAUACAACUUCUUCACAGAGGUUAAAGCCGUCACCAUCAAACACUGAGUAGUACUCAAACACACAGUACACACUCAAGAUGAAGAUGAGUAAGUCUCUGUGUGAUUCAUGUGUCAUUUCAAAUUGGUUUACAAAUUAUAUAGAGGAAGCAAUCAUUAUCAUCUUUGUUUAGCAAGAUUGGGAAUAAAGUUCAUGAGUCAGAAUCACAAAAUCUAAGUACUUUACUAUGCUUUGUUUCCUCAUUAAGUGUGUCAUAUUCUUUUUUUGUUUUGUUUUUUUAAAAUAACAGGCAACUAUAAGUAGGUUAAUUACCCUGAAAAGUGUAAGCACUGUUUGGCUCUUUUGGGCUUUUAAUAAAAUGUCAAACAAAAUAUGUCAAAUAAAAUUCAGAUAGAUUUUUGAAAAACAAUAAAAGCAUAGAGCAGUUAAAUCAAUAUAUCAAGCAUAGCUUAAAUAAUUGUGUCUUGGAAGAAUUUAUUGAGAAAUCUUCGAGGUUGAAAGUUUAGACUUUUGCACACUUUACUUUGAGCACAGUUUGAGACAUAGAGAUAGUUCACUCAAAAAUGAAAAUUCUCUCAUUAUUUACUCACCCUCAUGCCAACCCAGAUGUGUAUGACUUGUCUUUUGCUGAACACAAAGAUUCUUAGAAGAAUAUCUCAGCUCUUUAGGUCCAUAUAAUGCAGGUGAAUGGUGGCCAGAACUUUGAAGGUCCAAAAAGCAUGUAAAGGCAGCAUAAAAUUAAUCCAUAAAUCCAGUGGUUAAAUCCAUGUCUUCAGAAGCUAUAUGAUAGAUGUGGGUGAGAAUCAGAUUAAUAUUUAAGUCCAUUUUUACUAUUAAUUCUCCUCCUGCCUAGUAGGUGGUGAUUUGCACAAAGAAUGCAAAUCGCCAAAAAACAAAAGAAGAAGAAUGUUGAAGUGAAAGUGUAAGUAGAGAUUUAUAAUAAAAAACUACUUAAAUAUUGAUAUGCUUCUCAUCCACACCUAUCAUAUCACUUCUGAAGACAUGGGUUUAAUGACUGGAGUUGUAUGGAUUAUUUUAUGCUGCCUUUAUGUGAUUUUUGGAGCUUCAAAGUUCUGUCCACUAUUCACUUGUACUGACCUACAGAGCUGAGAUACUCUUCUAAAAAUCUUUGUUUGUGUUCAGAAGAAGAAAGAAAUGCACACAUCUUGGAUGGCAUGAGUGAACUAUCCCUUUUAGAUCUCUUUGGAAACUCUGUAGCAAAAAUAAGAUUACCAGAAUUUUUAUCAGGAGAAGCAGGAGAUAUAAGAAAAAGCCACAAGUCUUUGCUCCACUUUUCUCUCCAUUUAAGCUUUUUGCAGUCUAGGAGAAACACAUUAGAUACAGUAUUUAAGAUAUCUAAUUUUUAUCUAAUUUUUUAUUUCAACCUUUAAUUUUUAAUAUAAGACACCAUAUGUGUACAAAGAUUGGGGUUGUGGCUACUUCCCACAGCUGGGUGCGUGAAUCAAUGUGCUGUUUCCAAGAAUUAUCCAAGUGUGAGAUUUACCGAGUGUGAGAACUGACUAUUUGACACAGAGCUCAUGAGCUGGAUUUCCACACCAGUAAUGGACACCAUGAAGAUAAAACUGACAUUUUUCUCAUAACUGUGCUGGGCUUCUCUGGUCUUCAUGACAAAUCUCUCUAUUAUAGUGUCUAAUCCUUAGUUUCCAAACUUUGAAAAGUGGACACACACAGGUACCAUGGUACUACCUUGUUUUUAGACAUGGUAACAUGGCAAUUCCAUGUUUUUUUUUUUUUUUUUUUUAUUUACCCAUGACAUUACCAUGUUUUUAUGGCAGUUCUGUGGUAUUACAUGAAAUACAUUGGAGUACUCUGUAAAUACCAUGGCACAUGAACAUGGUUAAAACAUUUUUUACCUUAGUUUACAAUGACACCCAAAUGUAUUUGUCAUGAAUGUCAAUGCAUUACAAAUAACCAAAUAUCAAACCAAGUAGCAUUCAUUGUAAAGAAACAGAGCAUAUAUGUACACGAUAAAUAUAGUAGACAAAUAGUGUACACUUUCUAGUUGUCUAGUUAAACACUUUUUGCGGACUUUAGGGUGCACUGUUCCAUGGUAUUCCUAUUUUAUACCAUUACUUAACAAUGGUACCACCAUAAUACUUUUUAGGGGACAGAUUCCUACAGUUUAAAACCGGGGUCUCUGUGUUUGAUAAAAGCACAGACAUAACAAACACACAUGCAUGCAACAACAUACACAAACACACACCAAGAAAAGUCUGAUGUCAGUGUGUGCCAAGCUCUGGUGCAGAAAAGCACAACAGGGGCAAGUCGUGGGGAAAGCUCUUACAGUGAUAUCUUGGAUCUGUAUUGAAAGGUUUUCUCAGUUAAUGAGGGGCGUGUGCACGUUUGUGUGAGAAAACUGAAGGAACUUGUGAAUGUGUUCAGUCACGUCCCUGCGUGCUCACACACCAUCCACAUUCAAAGGGCAGAGCCCUCACUGGCAGCUUUUAUUAUGGGUUGACCACAGACGAUGCCCUGUACCAAGUUGUAUCUGAAGAUACAACUUGUAAUCACUCUUGGCCUAGACCCCGGGACCAGUCCUGCACAAUAUCUUUCUUCCUUAAUAGGAAGAAAUGUGUUUUAUUAUUGUGUGUUGUAAUUAUGCACAAACUUUAAUUGUGAAAUGGUAAUAAUACAAAGAAAAAAAUAUACUAAUACACUUGCACACUUAAUAAACAAGUGGACUUGCUUAUAGUGUUAGUUUAGUUGAUGUACACCAGUGUUUCAAACAUAGCCAUAUUUGAGUAAGAAACAAAACAAAACAAAACAAAGUUUUUGAUUAGUCGCAUCAGAUUUAGAUUUGUUCAUCUCCACCAGUGUUUCAAACAUGGCCAUAUUUGAGUAAGAAACAAAACAAAACAACAAAGAACAAAGUUUUUGAUUAGUCGCAUCAGAUUUAGAUUUGUUCAUGUACACCAGUGUUUCAAACAUAGCCAUAUUUGAUUGAAAAAAAAAAAACAACAACAAAGUUUUUGAUUAGUCAUGUCAGAUUUAGAUUUAUUCAUGAACACCAGUGUUUCAAACAUAGCCACAUUUUCAGCCAACAAUCCUGCAUCUGUGUGGAAAGGCCUAAAAAGCAUCACCAAGUACAAGACACCUCCCCCUCACUCUGUAGAGAAUCAACUAAUGGCUGAUGAACCGAAUGUGUUUUACUGCAGGUUUGAAAAGCCCAGUCUUUCACCCCUACCCUGCUCUGAUCUUCACUUCACACACACACCAACACCUCCUGGAACCCCACUCCUCCCCCAUCCUGCUACUCCAUCUGCACUUAUGAUCUAUCAGGAGGUUGUGUGCCGGGUCUUUCGGAAACAAAAGACUAGGAAAGCUUCAGGCCCAGAUGUUGUUUCACCUGCCUGUCUGAAAGUCUGCGCUGACCAACUGGCCCCCAUCUUCACACAGAUCUUCAAUAGAUCACUGGAGCAGUGUGAAAUUCCCUGCUGCUUCAAAUGCUCCAUCAUCAUUCCGGUCCCCCCAAAAAAAACAAAUCAGAGGACUUAAUUACUACAGACCUGUCGCUCUCACGUCUGUGGUCAUGAAGUCAUUUGAGAGACUGGUUUUGGCCUACCUGAAGGACAUCACUGGACCCCUGCUGGGCCUCCUUCAGUUUGCUACCGAGCAAACAGGUCUGUGGAUGAUGCUGUCAAUAUGGUACUGCAUUAUAUCCUGCAACACCUCGACAGACCUGGGAUUUAUGCAAAGAUCCUAUUUGUGGACUUCAGUUCAGCCUUCAAUACCAUCAUGCCUGAUCUUCUCUCAACCAAACUGACCCAGCACCCUGUGCCCACCCCAAUCUGUCGAUGGAUCACCAGCUUUCUGACAAAUAGGCAGCAGCUAGUGAGACUGGUGAGACUCACAUCCAGGACCCUCACUAUUACCACUGGUGCUCCUCAGGGAUGCGUUAUCUCUCCACUGCUCUUCUCCCUGUACACAAAUGACUGCACCGCCAAGGACACCUCUGUCAAGCUCCUGAAGUUUGCGCCAGGACAUCCAGGCACAAGAACAGUUUUUACCCUCAGGCCAUUAUUAAACUAUUAAACUGCCUCACGACUCCCCCAUAGUGCAAUAAUGUAAAUACAUAUCUCAUGUACAUAUGUAAAUUCACAUAUUUAAUUCAAUAACUGUACAUACCCCUAUUAUUUGUGUGUCUGUUUAUACUCCUACCUUGUUUUAUAUUCUGUCUCUGAACUGUAAUGUUCUGUGUGCAAUUGUUUCUCCUAUCACCAAAAAAUAAAUAAAUAAAAAAAAAUC